GCAAAAUGAGAGGGCCCGGGAGUUUCGGGGUUAGACAGAAACGACAUCCGUCCCUGGGUAGAGCUUUCGGACUCAUAAAUAAGGUCAUUCCUCGCUUUGGAUUGGCCAUACCUGUGAUUCAAAUCAGCUGCAGAAGAAUCUAACUCAUCCAUUUCAACCAUGUCAUACUACCCCAAAGGCCACCACCACUCCGGCGACGACGCCGUCGACGACUUCGAUGAGUAUGACCCCACCCCUUACGACGGAGGCUACGACAUUACCCUGGAAUACGGCCGUCCCAUUCCCCCAUCGGAGGAAACCUGCUAUCCCAUCUCGUCAUCCUCCGGCCAAUUUGACUACGACCGCCCCCACUAUACCUCCUCUGCUGAGCCAUCUGCCUAUGCUGAUGCAGCUCUUGAUGAUGAGUACAAGAGCUAUGCCCGACCUAAGCCUCGGCCUACCCCUUCUUAUGGAGGCUCAUCCGGAGCAGGGUAUGGUGGAUCUGAGAAUCCACGCCCUAACUAUGGGUUCCAGCCUGGGGUGAAUCGGCCAGGCGUUGAAUCUGAGUACGGAGAGGGCGGAUUCGGAUCUGAAGGCGGGUAUGGUCGUAAGCCAGCAUACGAGAAACCGACCUCUGAAUAUGGAUCAGGGUAUGGUAGGAAGAGCGAGGACGAGCGUCCCAGUUCUGAAUACGGUUCUGGUUAUGGGAGGAAGAGCGAGGACGAACGCCCCAGUUCUGAAUACGGUUCUGGUUAUGGGCGGAAGAGCGAGGACGAACGUCCCAGUUCUGAAUACGGUUCUGGUUAUGGGCGUAAGAGCGGGUACGAACAGCCAAGCUCUGAACACGAAUCUGGAUAUGGCCGUAGGACAGAAUAUGAGCAGCCAGCUUCUGAAUAUGGAUCUGGCUAUGGACGCCGGCAGGAAGAACAAAAUCCUGUUUCCGGGUAUGGAUCUGGCUAUGGGCGUAAGAGUGGAAAUGAAGAGCCCGAGUAUGCAUCUGGCUAUGGGCGUAAGAGUGGAAAUGAAGAGCCCGUUUCUGAAUAUGGAUCCACGUAUGGAAGGAAGAGUGAGUAUCAGCAGCCUGCUUCUGAUUAUGAAUCUAGUGGGUAUGGUAGAAAACCAAGCUAUGGACAGGAAGAGGGAAGUGGGUAUGGCUUUGGUGGAGAAAGAGCAGAGCCAGAGAGAGAGAGACCAGGCUAUGGUGAAGAAAGGCCCAGUUAUGGUCGUUCAAGCUACAAUGCUGAAGAGACUGAAGGUUAUGGGAGGUCAACUUAUGAUAGGCCGAGCUAUAAAAAGCCCGAUGAGGAGGAGGAAUACAGGAAGCCGAGCUAUAAAAAGCCCGAUGAGGAGGAGGAAUACAGGAAGCCUAGCUAUGAGAGGCGUGGUGAUGAUGAUGAAGGAUAUGGUCGCAAGAAAUAUGGUGAUGAUGAUUCUAAUGAUGAGGAUAGCCACAAGCACCACAGUCGUCACCAUCGCAAGCACUACGAUGAUUAAUUGAACGUUAUUUGUGGUCCGCCCUUCCACAAAGGCACAAUUCCUGCCAUGCUAAACUACUAAAUAAAGUGUGUUCUAUAUGUUCCUCAUCAUAUAGCAUUUGAAUCACAUCUCUAGCGACUGACAGUCAUUUGGGGCUGCAUUAACCUAGAAGUAUGUGGUUUGCUUUGAAUUUUCAUUUUUUUUUAAUAAAUUCCCAAAUGUUUGGGAUGAUGCAUCACAAUACAUGAGUGGAUGAGUGGUGUCAAUGCUGCUAAAACUCUGGUUUGCUUGUGGUUUUCUAUAUAUUUAUAUAUUCUGUGUGUAAAACUAUCUUGUUUCACUGUUCUUCACCGUGAUGGUGUUUAUGUUGCUUGCCAUUGAUGUUUUUUUCUUCCGUUACUUUCAUUCUGGUGUGAGAUUAGUCAGAUUGUCAGCUGGAGCCUGGAUGCCUGGAUCCUUGGGGCUAAUGACUGUCUAGUUAUGGACUUGUGGUUGAUGUUCUUCAACUCCAUUUCUGAGUGGCACACUGGCACCUCAACCGGUCAACCCCUGUAUUGUUUUUGGAUCUUGGGCUAAUAUAUUUGAGUCAAAUCAUAUCCGUAUUAAAGAUUAAAUCACAUAGAUUAGUUAGUUAAUUUCAGAUUUUAUAAAUUUAUCUCUUUUUUAUAUAUAAAAAAUUACAUGUCUCUUUUCUACUACGAAGUGCA